AUGUCUCCAGAUGGGCGCAACCAUUUUGUCCUGUCUCAGCUAAACUACUAUCGCAUUCGAAAUAUCCAGCGAGGCGAUGAAGGGAAUUAUUCAUGCAAAGUUACCAAUAAAUACAAUGGUCGAUCAUUCUAUGAUGAAGAAUUGGUGCAGAUACGAAUUAGUGACAGUCAUCGUCGUAUCUUGCCUCCUUCGGCUAAAAGAUCCUACAACCAGAAUUUUUCUAUGACUUACAUCUCACCUUAUACAAUUGGAGCCGUCAUCUCUUCAUCUUUGGCAGUCAUUCUGAUAAUAAUCUUCAUUGUUCUUGCUGUACGUUUGAGGCACUACCAGACCCGGGGAUUGAACUCACAGCUGCUAGAGUACAAUGGCCGAAACGCCAAAGAAAGAAAAAUUCGAGAAAAACUUGCUCGUUCACAUGAUGAGAAUCUGGAUGACCAAGAAGUUGAAUUGUUAGAUGAAAACAUUCAGCCAACCCAUGAAGAUAUGGGAGAUUAUUCUGAUACACGCCAUGGAUGGGAAGUGCCACGACGUUUUAUCAAAUUACACGAUCUUUUGGGCAAAGGCAUUUAUACUGAAGUCUGGAAAGGCAAAAUGCAGAAACAUCCAACCAGAGACGAUAUGGUUCGCGUAGCGAUUAAACGUCUGAUGGUUGAAGCUACUGAAAAAGAAAAGAAAUUCUUUUUGGAAGAAAUGGAAGUUCUGAAAAUGCUCCCUCCUCACCAGAAUGUAAUCCACCUGAUAGGAUGUUACACACUUCAUGAGCCACAACUUAUUGUGUUAGAAUAUGCAGCUGAGGGUACACUGCGAAAUUACCUUCAGCGGCAUCGUAUUGGGCAGCAGGAGAUUGAGAUUACCCAAGGACAGCAUCAGUCUGUGCGUCUGCGCAACCACACCCUUACACCUCAGAAGAUGUUUAGCCUUGCCACACAAGUUAUUCGUGGGAUGGAACAUUUGCAGCGAUUCAAGUUAAUCAGUUAUCGGCUUACUUCUGUCAGUAUCUUAGUUACAAGAGGAGGGGUUAUUCGACUGUCAGGAUUUGGUUUUCCAGAUGAUGUAAUGGCCAGGAAUCUUUACGAAGCUACUUCACUUCCUGUUCGAUGGAUGAGUCCUGAAUCCAUUCAGGAACGGAUCUUUAACCUCCCUGCUGACAUUUGGUCUUUUGGUGUCAUUUUCUGGGAAAUUACACAUUUUGGUCUGACUCCUUACCCGACAAUGGGACCCCAGGAAGUUUGUGAAAAAGUUGUGGCUGGCUACAGGAUGCCACAACCUCCACAGUGCAGUGCAGAAUUGUAUGGAUUGCUACUCUCUUGCUGGCAGUCCCACCCAGCCAACCGGCCAUCUUUGGAAGAACUGCAUCAUUUGAUGAAGAAUAUGUCACGAGUGUACUCAGACCACAUCCUUUUUGAGAAGAUGCCAGAGUACCAACGAUCCUCUCCUUAUGACCAACUCGACAGUGAUUUGUAA